AUGGUAGUGACGCCGAUGCUGGGCACAGCGAAUGAGGAUGGUGAGGAGGAGUUGCCGGAGGGGAAUCCGGAUUGGAAUUUUGACGGAAAGGGACGGGUUUUGUGGAGGACGCGAUGCAUGCAGAAGCUAUGGGUCCAAUGUGAUCUUCAUUCCACCAAUCUUUUGACAGAUGCGAUUGGAUACGAGAAGCAAGUAUAUGGCUUGACGAAGAUCUUUGCUCAACGGACGCUCCACAGAGUAAGGUAUGAUCUGGAAUCAUCUUCGGACACUGAUGUUUUCGGGACAGUUCUCGCGAAAGACAACGGAGCAGUCGGUGCACUCAGCAGGUAUGACCCAGAAUCAUCUUCGUAUACUGAUAACGAGAAGCUUCUAGGAUUAUUUCGCGAGAAAGACAAAGGAGUCCAAUCAGGCAAGCAAACAUCUCCUUCACGGUCAAAUACAAGAGUCUGGUCCUAUGCAACUGAAGUUUCUCUCACCACAGUCUGCAAGCCUAAGUUUCCCAUCAUGGUUGAUCAGAACGCGAAGCAGAAUAAGUCUUCUGCCCCGGCCAAGAGGGCACGAUCGACUCCGAAGAAGAGCGAAACUACGAAGACUCAGGGUAACUCGUCUACUCCAGCUCAGACUGGAUCAUCAACACCAGAGAAGGUCUCGGCCACUCCGACUCAGGCUGGACCAUCGACUCCAAAGAAAACCUCAACUACUCCGACCCAGAACAAGACGUCUACUCCAGCUCAGGCUGGAUCGUUGACUCCGAAGAACGUCUCGACCACACCGAAUCAGAACAAGACGUCUACUCCGGCUCCAUCUCAGGCUGAACCAUCGACAUCAAAGAAGGCCUCGACCACACCGACUCAAGCUGGACCAUCAACACAAAACCAAGGCCCGACCGCACAAGCAACCACAAAAAACACCCCAACAACCAUCCAAGUCGUCCUAGACGCCCACACCGAACCAUACCAAGGCACCAAACCCAUUCCCCCGGACCUCCAAAACUUCUCCAACAAAGUCAACGCCGACCUCCUCUCCGACCCAGAAUUCGCCCGAAAACUCGACCCCAACCCCCCAAGAUCCAGAACCUGGCUCCUCCAACACGACGACCUCAGAAUCUUCCUCGCAAACAACUGCUAUUUGCGCGGAAAUUCUACAAUUUUCGAAUUCUGGAUGGAUGACCGCCUCUUUACGAAAUGGGUGUGGAGGAAUCUUGCGACGAGUGAUGAGCGUCCUGGUAUGAGGAUUGGGGAGUUUUCGUCGAGGGAGAAGGGGAGGGUUAGUGUUCCGGCGGUUGCGAGGCCGGGGGAUCCGCAGAGACCUACUACUUGGGCUGAGGGGAGGAUUAUGGCGGAUUUUGGGACGCCUGUUGUGAGGCUUCCGGGUCUGGUGCCUGCUGUGGGUUUGGGUGGUGGAGGGGGUGGUUCUGUUGCUGCUGUGGCUGGAUCGGGGGGGAGUAAGGUUGCGAAGAAGAGCGAUGAUGAGCGGAAGGAUAAAGGGGAGGAGGAGGAGGAGGAAGAGAAAGUAGGAAAGGACGAAGUGGACGAGGAAGAAGUGAAAAACGACGGAAAGGAUGAUACCACCACGGAAGCAGACAGAGGCUCCAGCGACUCGGAAUCCGAAAUGCCGGCUCCGAAGAAAUUUAAGAAUAUGAGUGAAUAUUCAAAAUUUCUUGCCCCCAUGACCAGGGUUGAGAGGAACGAUUUCGAGAUGCGCCAGGUUUCCGCCGCUUCUGAGGAGAGACUCAAGCCAGAGAUGGACCAUAUUAAGGAGAUGAUAAAGGAGGCCGAUAGGAUGGAGGAGGAGAGGAAGGAGAGGGAGGAGAAGGAGAAGGCGGAUGCGGAAAAGGAGAAGGAAGAGAGGGAGAGGGAAGAGAAGGAGAGGGAAGAGAAGGAGAAGGAAGAGAGGGAGAGGGAAGAGAGGGAGAGGGAAGAGAAGGAUGCGGGUAAGGAGAACGGGAAGAAAGGAAUUAAGGAGGAGAAUCCAUGCUCGAAGUUCACAUUGCAUUUUGGAAAAUUUUCUACCUACUCAUGUGAAGAGGCUUGUUUUCCUGUGCUUGAUGGCACGCUCAAUGAUCCAAAGGAGUUGUCUGCCUGGUGGGAGCCGAAUAUUGGGAGACUGUGUGUGAAGGAUCGCAGAUUUGUGCCUUCCUUCUUUGGAUGCUUGGCGGCAUGUGAAACCCACAACACAACAGACCUCAACGGUUACAUGUCUAACAAACCCAGGAUGGCGGCAGAUGAAGACUUCCAAUUCAACGCAAAACAUCGCAAUACUAAGUCUGAAGCAGACUCAUUCUGUGGUACGUUCAAUGAAGUGCCUCUUAAUAGCAAUGCAGGCUCUCGGACGACUGGUCACAGUACAGACGGCCAGAGCGACAAAUCUCGCGAUGACUGUACAGAUACUCCUGUGCCGCCAACGAGCAAUCAUGAACGCAAUGACCACAUCGAAGAGUGCAGAAGUCCCGGACAGGAGGAUGAGUGCAGCACUGAAGCGCCGGACAAGUUCGCAAUUGCAGUCACAGGAUGCUCAAAGACGAUACCAACACACUGUGCAAACUCAGACAGCAGUAGAUAUCGACCGCGACCCGUGAAGGACACUGCCAUCUUCAAAGCCUUCCCACCAGCAGCACGUCAACGCGAACUAAAACAAGAAGCCACCAAAUUCGCAGCCAACGCACGCAACAUCUUCGUACACCACGUCGACCCCGUUCUCGAACUUCGACGAAAAGAGAAGCUAGCUUCUGGAACAACGAAGAAGAAAUUCUACUCCAACGCCGCACGACUCUGGGCCGAAAUGCAGACGAUAGAUGAUUUGCAUGAACAACGCUUUUUCUGGAACCAGAAAUCUGUGGAGAUGAAGUUGGCGCUUAAGAAGAAGACCGUCACGCCUGGAAAUUUGUUGCAGGAUGCUGGGUUUGAGGAGGAUUGGUGGGAAUGCAGGAAGUAUGCUGAGAUGGCUGUGGGGUGGUAUUUGGGGCAGGAUGUGCCGGAGGAGUUCGGGGAUGAUAUUACUGGCAAUGAUAUGGACAGCGAAGAUCAUAAUCAAGGUGCUGCGCUACUACCGGACCCAAAGCAAACAAUGGACUUGUCGAGCGACACCUCAAAACUGUCUUUUCAUCAAGACCUUCCAGGAUUCGCUAGGCGGAACGCAGAGGACGACAAGCCCCUACUAGACGUCCUCCCCGAACCCUUUCAAUACGAAAAAAGAAUCAUGUACGGCCAAUUCGCUCACGCAGACUAUACCGAAAUCCGCCACUUGGACGGCAAGCAACAGGCCGCCCGACUCCGACAGCUCGCAGAUCUCUUUGAUCCAACUGGCAAGAUCCUUUUCUAUUACUACGCGUAUCCGCAUAUCUGGAAGGAUUUCAGGCCUCUUAAGAUCGAUGAGACUGUGGCGACUAGAGCUCAGGAGAAGUGGAAAGUCCUGGGAUCGAAGGAGCAAGAAUUUUGGCGAAAGCAGAGUGCGAAGGUGAAGAAGCUGUUAGGGGAUGGGAAUGUUGAUGGGUUGGUUUGUUUGGAGCUUGAUAGUAUGGAUCCGGAGGUUUUGUCCAUCAUAGGCUCCCAGCUUGUAGGAUUGAAGGUGCGCACCCGCAAAAUGCAAAGGGAUAUUUUGGAGGCAGAUUGUUUCUCGGAGGCUGUUUUGAAAGAGGAAGAUCUCAGGCUGUAG